CAAGUUAGUUAAAAACUGUGUGACACUGAUGUUGUUGUUUGCAUCGUAAUUAUCGAAGCUAAACGUGUAAAAUCUAAAACACUGUCUUCCAAAUCUUCCUUUGUAUUCUCCAUCCAUUUUCAUUGAACAUUUUUUUUUUUUUAAUCAAUCAUUGAACAUUUUCACUUACCCUUUUUUGUGCCUUCUCAGAUUCCUCACAUACCCUCUUCGAUUUUAUCGCCCUCAAGCUUAUAUUUUUCACCUACCCAAAUUGCCAUUUUCCAACAUUCCUUGCAAAUCACUCACCACUUUUAGCAGAGAAGAAGGAAAGACAAGUUUUUGAUUCGUGGGGUUGGUUCCAUAUGGCAUCUUUCUCGGUCCCAUGCCCCAAGUGCCCUUCUCCUGCAACUUUGGGAUUGAAAUCCCACAAGCUCUCGUUUCAAAGUGGGUUGAGCUUGAAGCAUUCCCUUUCAUUCGGAUCUUUGUUUGCUGAUUCAGCCUCAUCUGGGAUUCGAUGCCUUAACAGGAAGCAAUUUUCUGUUGGGAAGUUUCAAGCACAACUUAAUGAGGCUGCUACUGUAAAAAAUUCUUCUAAUUCUGCACCUGUACCGGUCAACGGACCUAAUGUUGCUUCAUCAAAAGAGAAACUCUCUGUGCCGGAUGCAGAUUCAAUUUUUGUAUUCAUGGCUCAAGUUUCAGACCUUGUAAAACUUGUGGAUUCUAGAGACAUUGUGGAACUACAACUUAAGCAAUCUGACUGUGAGCUCAUGAUAAGGAAAAAGGAAGCUUUGCAGCCUCCACCAGCCACAGUUAUGGCCUCAGCAUCACCACCGCUGCAUUAUCCCGCAUUUCCUUCUCCACCACCACCGCCGCCACCACCAGCUGCAAGCUCUCCAUCUUCAAAAGCAGCACCUGCCUUACCUCCUCCUGCGAAAACAAGCUCAUCAUCUCACCCACCUCUGAAAUGUCCAAUGGCAGGAACCUUUUAUAGGAGUCCAGCACCUGGUGAAGCUCCAUUUGUCAAGGUGGGAGAUAAAGUGCAGAAAGGCCAGGUUAUUUGCAUUAUCGAGGCUAUGAAACUGAUGAAUGAAAUUGAGGCUGAUCAAUCUGGAACAAUAGCUGAGAUUGUAGCUGAGGAUGGGAAACCAGUCAGUGUAGACACGCCUCUUUUUGUAAUAGCUCCAUGAGUACCAGAAGGGACCUUACUUAGAAGUUGAUGGGAAUUUCCCUUGUUGGAUGGCAUGGUAUUUUAUACAUAUAUUUAUUGAGUGAUAAUGUUUGUCUCAUUUUUGGGAUAUAUUUUAGGCAUAAAAACCCCAGCAUGUCAGAAUGAAUAUUGGAUUUGUAGUUCUAACUUCUAAGCAGUUUUGAUAUUUGUAAUAUUAAUGUUCUCUGCAUCUGGUUUCUGAAUGGUCCCUCUUUCUUGUAAGAACCUGCUGGCUGUUAUGUUAUUAAUGUAAUUUGUUAUAGGGUCUUUUAUGUGGCAAAAC